UGUGGUACGUAACAGAGUUCGAUAAAGAGUAAGCAGAUGGCGUAAGUAUCUUGAAAGAAACGACUGAGAAGCCAAGACAGUGAGGCUUACGGCGGGAAAAAGAAAGAAAAAGAAGACAAGCCAAAGCAAUCAAAGCCCUCCUCUGCAAAGCAACCUCUAUCUAGCUCCUCUCUUUCUUCUUCUUCUCUCUGUUCCUAAAUAAAACCAGAAGACGAAUCUCACUCUCUCUCUAGUUUCUCUCACAGAUACUUCAAAAGGGUGAGAGGGAAAUUCGAUCUCCGAGCACCCCAACCUAGCUAGUAGCUACUGGUCGAUCACUAUCUACAUUACCGUAUUUCAGAUUUGCUCCACACUUUCAUUAUCAGGGGGAGAAGAGAAACUGACAGAAACAGAAAGGAAGUGGUUGUUACUAUUGGUUUUUGAUGAAGAAGAGAACCUGAAGAUUGAAUGAAUGAGUAGACAAAAUGGAGAGUGCUGCUCCAACAGGCAACUACGAGAGGAGCAAUACGUUCAAGGUUGAUACAUGGUUUAGCCAAUUCCGGAAUGGCUCGAAUCCAUGGAUGGCCAGAUAUGUCUAUGGUCUUAUGUUUCUGCUAGCAAAUCUUCUGGCAUGGGCUGUCCGGGAUUACGGAAACAGCGUAUUGAUCGAUAUGAACAGGUUGAAAGGAUGUGAUGGUGCACAUGACUGUUUGGCUACAGAAGGUGUUCUUCGUGUCAGCUUGGGAUGCUUUUUGUUCUAUUUCUCAAUGUAUCUUUCAACCGCGGGUGCUUCGAAGUUGAAUGAGUCCAGAGAUACUUGGCAAUCUGGAUGGUGGUCUGCUAAGAUUUUCUUGUGGAUUGCUUUCAUUAUAAUCCCCUUUUUGCUUCCUUCGGCUAUUAUAAAGCUCUAUGGGGUGGUUGCACAUUUUGGCGCUGGGGUAUUUCUUCUGAUUCAACUAAUAAGCAUAAUUAGUUUCAUUACAUGGGUGAACGAUUGCUGUCAGUCUUCAAAAUCAGAAAGAUGCCAAAUUCAUUCAAUGCUUAUUGCAACAGCUGCAUAUGUUGUAAGCUUAGUCGGGAUCAUAAUGAUGUACAUAUGGUAUUCACCAGAACCAUCUUGCUUCAUCAACAUUUUCUUCAUUACCUGGACAUUGGUACUACUGCAACUCAUGACGAGCGUAUCUCUCCACCCAAAAGUGAAUGCUGGUUUCUUGACUCCAGGGCUCAUGGGGCUCUACAUAGUAUUUAUCUGUUGGUUUGCCAUAAGAAGUGAGCCAGUAGCAGGAAACCUUUGCAACAAGAAGGCUGAGGCAUCACAGCAUAGGGAUUGGCUCACCAUCAUUAGCUUUGUAAUUGGUGUGCUUGCAAUGGUUAUAGCAACAUUCUCAACGGGUAUAGACUCUAAAUGCUUUCAGACACUGCAGUUCAAGAAGGACGAGACUGAAUCGGAGGAUGAUGUACCCUACGGUUAUGGCUUCUUCCAUUUCGUUUUCGCCACAGGAGCAAUGUACUUUGCAAUGCUGUUGAUCGGUUGGAAUACUAAUCACUCCAUGAAAAAGUGGACAAUUGAUGUGGGAUGGACUAGCACUUGGGUCAGAAUUGUGAACGAGUGGAUCGCUGUCUGUGUGUAUUUGUGGAUGCUGGUUGCUCCAAUUAUUUGGAAGAGUAGACAAACAGCUGAAUCCAUCGUAUAAAUUCGAAGACAUUAUGUGGUUGUACAUACGCGACUCGAGUCUUGGCCUGAGAGGAAGAACUACUGUCAUGCUCAAGAUAGCAGCCAUUGAUGCCAUGCAUGAGCCACACCCCUGCCAGCCGCACUAGACUGAUGAACUGACUAAUUCCUCCAGCAAUUCAAGCCUCUAGGACUUGAGAGGGUUUAGAGCGCAAAAGAGCAGACAAGUCGACCAAUACUAAAGCUUUUCUCCUUGUUACAAUACCUGAAGUGCAUACACAUAUCACAUCAAUAUCGAAUACGUUGUACAAUAUUUUGGAUCCAGUAAUUUCAUGUAGACACUGCUUUUUACACUAUUUACAGAUUUUGUUUUGUAAAUACUGUAGGCUAGGCCCAUUCUGCAACGCUUCUUAGU